CGUGGGUAUAAAUGCAGGACCUUUUGCCAUUGCUCUUCUUUUUCACUUCCUUCCGAUACCCAUUUCCUUUUUCUCUCUCUACUGCAUUGUUUCUCUCUCUACUGUACUUCCGAAGCUCUUUCUGACUAGUUUCUCUCUCUACGUUUGUUUCAUGUGUUUUUUUUUCCUUGGAGCACGAAACGUUGACAGCGUAAUUCAGUUUGGCUGAGAGCUAAAAGCCAGGACGGUUUGGACAAAGCCCCCAAAUUCAUAAAAGUUCUCAGUAAAAAGCUUCAAAAUGGUGGACAGAGAAUCAAAAGUUGCGCAGAAUUUGAAAUGGAUUCAAUUUUCCACAAGUUACUUGGUUGUUGAAAGACAACUCUAACAGAAAGGUGUCUGUUUUUGGCUACUUUUGCUAUUCUUGUCAAGGAGAAAUGGAUACGGGUGGCAAAGAUAAAUUUGACCCAGAAAAAUUGAAUGAGGAUCUUAUAAACUACCAUUCAUCCAAUAUAUCCUUGGACUGGCGAUUUGGUGGUGACAAUCUCAUGAAUACGUCGAUGGGAUUGAUUCCCAAAGGCAAUCAUAUGGCGGUUUGUAAAGGAGAUCGAAUGGAGUCUUCUUCCGGUUCCUCUGCCUCCAUGGUGGACUCAUUUUGCCCAACCAGUUGGGACCACCCCACCAGUUCACAGAACUUAAGUUUUUGUAACAUUAAUACCCAGAAUAAUGCUAGCAUUUCAAACAUAAUGGGAAUGGGAAAAGCAAGCUUGGGCCCUUUCAGAACUGGAAUUGAGAGAACACUUGAUGUGGGUUGGACUACAAUGAAUUCAAUGUUAAAGGAGGGUAUAUUUUCACCAACUGCUUCUGGGAUGCUUCCACAGAGCUUACCUCAGUUUCCAGCAGAUUCAGGUCUCAUUGAGCGAGCAGCCAGGUUCUCGAGCUUCAGUGGGGGGAAUUUUUGUGAUAUGGUGAACCCUUUUAGCUUUCCUGAAUCUGUGAGUCCUUAUUCUAGGGGUACAUCAGUGAUGCAGGGGCCACAAGAGGUUUUGGCAGGCACUGGGUUGAGAUCUUUAUCUGGUGGGCAGUCUCAGAAAAAUGAGGUGAAAAUGGCUGAAGUUUCCAAAGACUUCGCGUUACCUGUUGAGCAUCAGAUUACCAAAGAGAGAGCACUCAGUAAUGAGAGAAAGAAUGAGAACUUUGUGAAGUCUCAUGAUGAAGCAAAACAAGGUGUUGGUCUGUCUGGCAUUGAGUCCAAUGAAGCCGAAUUUAGGGGUGAUGAUCAAGAGGAGCCAUCAAUGUCGGAAGGUACGAGUGGAGAACCUUCUUCUAGCAAAGGGCUUGGCUCAACGAAAAGGAAAAGAAGUGGACGGGAUACUGAGCUUAAUCAAGCCAAGGGAGCCCCCAAGCCACCUGAUGAAGCUACGAAAGGUAACACUGAAAUUCUACAGAAGGGAGAUCAAAACCCGGCUUCAGCAACCAAUAAACCUAGUGGAAAACAAAGUAAACAAGGUUCUCAAGCUUCAGAUUCAACUAAGGAAGAAUACAUACAUAUUAGAGCACGAAGAGGCCAAGCAACAAACAGCCACAGCCUUGCAGAGAGAGUGAGAAGGGAAAAGAUCAGUGAAAGAAUGAAGUUUCUUCAGGACCUUGUACCUGGUUGCAGCAAGGUCACAGGCAAGGCAGUUAUGCUAGACGAAAUCAUUAACUAUGUACAAUCGCUACAACGACAGGUUGAGUUUCUAUCAAUGAAGCUUGCAACAGUGAAUCCACGUUUGGACUUCAACAUUGAUGGGCUCCUUGCAAAAGAUCAGAUCCUCCAAUCACAAGCUGCUGCUCCAUCUGCUCCUGGAUUUUCACCAAAUAUGAAUAUGCAUUUUCCCCUUGUGCAUUUAUCUCAACCAGGGUUGGACCAAGCUGGUAUUCCUGGUGUUGCACACUCACCUGAUGCUCUUCGGAGAAUGCUCAAUUCCCAAUUAACUACCAUAAGAGGAUGCAAGGUGCCUACACAGGUACCUAAUGUGUGGGAGGAUGAGCUCAAUAAUGUUAUCCAGACGUGCUUCAAUUCCAGUGCACCCGGUGACAGUCAAGAUUUUAGUGGUCGAACCUGCUAAUUUUUGAAUUUACCUCUCCUCUAAAAAACAUCACUAGAGUUCUUGAGAUAACCUCAGAUUCCUUUCAGGGUCUCCACCACCAAGCCACAUGAAAGUUGAACCUUGAUCGUUGUUGUAGUUCUCUGAACCGAAGAUUGUUUCUACUCCCCCUUAUGUACUUUUAUCUCGUGGGACAACAAAGCUCAUGAUUUACAUUGUUGGUCAUUUCUGAUGAUGAAGAGCUGUCUACCAAUUGUUGUAUUGUCAGUUUGGUGUUGAAGCUUGGAGGGUCAGUUUUGCAUACCCAGGAGGCUCUCUCAUGUAGGUGAUGCAGUGGCAGCAUAAUUUGUUUUUUGUACAAGAACUAAAUACUAGAGUCAGAAAGUGAAAAUUCAUUAUUCCUGGGAUCCGAAUUACUCCAUGAAGGUGUACAUGAUUCUUUAAAACACCAAAAGGGAGACAUGCGAGUCUCAAGUGGGGUGUGUUGUUUGACUAUUGUAUUAAGCUGACGGGUAGGAUUCGCGAGAAGAUUGCAGUUGAACCAUGGUGGUGUGAUCUUGUUUAAUUCAUUGAAUGAGAGGUUGAAAUCUAUGUACUUUAAUCAUAUAUUGAUGAAUGAAAAUGAAAUGUCAUUCCCUUUCUAUUUGAAAAUAA